GAACGACGAGAACGGUGGGCGCAUCACGAAGAGCAGGAGUGUCGGCGAUGGACGAGAAGAUGUGGACCAACGGAAUCAACGAGGCCAGUAAGAUGGCCCUGCUUGCCUGGGAGAAGGAGACUGGCAUUGAGCUGGUGCAAAUCAACGGGCAGAGGCGCUACGGAGGGCCUCCCCCAGGCUGGGUGGGCGGCCCACCACCGGCCGGCACCGAGGUGUACAUCGCGAGGCUGCCGCAGGACAUCUACGAGAACACCCUGAUCCCGCUGUUCGAGAGCGUGGGGAAGCUCUACGAGUUCCGCCUCAUGAUGACCUUCAGCGGGCUCAACCGGGGCUUCGCCUACGCCAGGUACACCUCCCUGCAGGAUGCCAGCAACGCCAUCGCCACCUUCCACCGCUUCCAGAUGCGCAAGGGCUGCGCCAUUGUGGUGUGCCGGAGCACGCAGAAGCAUGAGCUCAUUGUCAACGGCCUGGACAUCUCGGUGAGCCAGCAGGAGCUGCAGGCCAUGCUGCAGAUGGUCACUGAGGGGAUCCUCAGUGUCACCCUGCACACCAGCCCCUGCCAGAGACCCACCAAGCUCGCUGUGCUGAAGUACAGGUCGCACGAGGCUGCUGCCCUGGCCAAAAAAGCCCUGACGGAAGGGAACCUGAGGCUCAGGGGAGCAGGGAUGAGGGUGGACUGGCUGGACCCCCAAAUGAAGCAGAAGCUGCAGCUCUGGGAGGAGGAGCCAUCGUCCAACGGAGUGCACGGAGACAAGAGCCUGGCAGUGCCCAGGCCGGCAGCCCUGCCUCCAUUGCUAGAGUGCCCAAACAUCCUGAGCUGGAGGCAUCGCCUGAGGACACCCCUGUUCACCACCAAGUGUGUCCAGGUGAACGCCGACGGGUGGCAGCGGUUCUGGUACCAGGUGGUGAUCCCAGGAUACCACAUGCCCAUCAGUGGGUUCACGUGGGUCUUGCAGGACAAGCAGGGCCAGAACGAGCACGAGAAGGUCAAGAUGGCAGCAGCCCUGCACAUUCUCCAGGUGUUAGGUUGCCAGCUGACGUAGGCAGCCGCUCUGCUGAAGCCAUGAUUGAGCCUGAGCCCUGCUGGGGUCCCAGCCCUGUUCCAGCUUUCCUUUGAGCUGUUUGCAAUGGUUUGAGAGCUGGCUCUGGAGGAUAAGGGCCACUGUUCUGGUCGACGGCAGCUGCCCUGUCCCCGGUCAGCCCUUGAGUUGGUUCUCGUUUUGAGUUGUUGGUUUUCCUGCCCAGUUUGGCUUCUUUUAAGCUGGCUUGUGUUGCAUGGGAGGAGCAGAUCCUGGAGAAGCAGCAGCUCUUGGAGGGGCUGCCAGCACCAGAUGCCAGUGUGAUGGAGGGAAUUCCUCCACCGGCAUUCCUGGUUUCUGAGGAACAGCCUCAGAUGAGGACAAGGCCACACACAGGGAGCAUCCCAGUGGCCACAGAUGUUCUGUGGGCUGGUGGAGCUACUGUGUGGAGAGAGGAGUGCCUGUAACCUGGUUGUGUAGUGAGGAAACAGCUGUGGGGUUCCCAGCUGUCUAUGAAAUGAUUCCUCGGGAGUGGGAGGUGUGGCCACAUGUUGUUCUUUUGGAAUUAAAACUAAAGAAUUCUGGAAUGCA